CGGAAGACCUGCGUUCCCAGCAGGUAAAAUCUUCAAUUUGACUCAAAUUGGAUUGACAUUCCAAAAUUAUUUAAUCUUACCAAUGUAUUAGAACUAAGUGGUGACGAUAAUUGUUUUGUCAGUUAAUGUUAAAUAUUUAGUUUUAUGAAAGAAAGAGAGAAUGAUAUAGUAGAUGGGAGAUGCGAAGGGAUAUCGGCUGGCGCCGGAGCAUCUGAAAUCUUGACUUAUGUAAAAUAUCAUUUUUGCGUAACUUAUGUUGUGUCCUAAAUGUGUUCUCAUAAACAUUACUCAAGCAUUUUAAGUGCAURGUAAUUAUUUUAGCACCUUUGAUCUUUUUUAAACUCUGACGAGCUUCAACCACCUGUUGAUGACGAGCCCGUCGUAUACACUCCAUCAGCGGUUUACCACAAAACAUCAUAAAGCAAUGGCGGCCGGAGUCAGCCCUCUGUACUUAUCGUUUCUUUUUCUAGUAUUUUUCUUUAUUUUUUCGCCAUGUCAAGGUGGCUUAUAUUCAUUACACGAUGACAUAGUCCUUUUAGAUAACAGUACAAUAGAUUCAGUUAUUUAUAAUAGCCCAUCAGCUUGGAUAGUUGAGUUUUACUCAAGUUGGUGCGGCCAUUGUCAGGCCUUCGCUCCGACAUGGAAAAAACUAGCCAAAGUGGCCAGAGAUUGGCAAAAUGUCAUCCAUGUGGCAGCAAUCGACUGUGCAGAUGAGAGAAAUAUGCAAACAUGCAGAGAUUAUGAUAUAGCUGAGUAUCCUACUAUUAAGUUUUUUAAUGCUUCAAUGGAAGAAAAGAGCAAUAAAGGAAGAAAUUUUAAAGUCUAUACAAAAGAAGAUAAAACAUUCAUCAAUCUAUUACAUACAAUGGUGGAUGUCGCAGAGCAACAAACCCACUUGUCAAAUCAUGUUCCAGACUUUAAAUCAAUCGAAGAGAAAAGCACGCAAGACUUCAUGAAAGGAAUCGGACUGCAUGAAAUAUUGCUCAUCGUCUUUGAAGAACCUUACUCAUACGUUGGCAAAGAGCUUGCACUAGACAUGAUGAGAUUUCCACAAAUUGCUGUCAGAAGAUCAACUGACAAAAAGUCUCCAUUAAUGGCCAAGUAUAAUAUAGCAAGGAACAGAUUUCCAGUCCUAAUUAAAAUAGAAAGAGGUUUUAGACCUACAGAACUGUCAAGGAUGAAGCGAACCCAUGCGGACUUUAAGAGGACAGUCCUUGACAUUGCAUAUGAACGUCAGUUUGAAGAAAAACCUUUCCCUCAUAUUGAAGCUGUAGAAAAGGCCAUGGAACAUUUUGAAAACUUAGUCCAUGAACAUGCACAGGCACAUGGCACUCAUGCUGCUGGGAACAUGUCAGAAGUUUACAUGGCAGAUAUGGUCAGUGGAUUGUCACAUAUGAUAUGGAAYGAAGUGCCAAACCGMAAAGAAAUAUCAAGUCAUUCCUUUACAGCCUUGAAAAAGUUCCUGGGGCUGAUAGGUGAUUGUUUUCCAGGAAAAGGUAGAAAUCCUCUUAAGAAGUUCUUUGGCAAGCUUCAUAUUGAUCUUUCAAAAAGAGUGCUGYUACCUAGAAUCACAAGUGGUUCGUUUCUUCGAAUGGCUGAUAAAAUCAACAAGAAACCAAAAGAAGGAUUUCUUACAAAGCGUAGGAAAUGGCAUGCUUGUCAAGGWAGUAAGCCCCGUUUCCGUGGCUACCCAUGUUCUCUAUGGACCCUAUUUCACACUUUAACAGUCAACUGUGGAGCUAAAAGAAAGUUGAUGGACGAGAGCGACGAUGGUCUAACCACACUGAAGAAGAUACGGGACUAUAUCAAACACUUCUUUGGCUGUACUAAGUGUGUAGAACACUUCACAAAAAUGGCUGCUAAUAUUGAUCGUGAGGUCAAAACCCAYGAUGACGCYAUCUUGUGGUUAUGGAAGGCGCACAAUAGUGCCAACAAGCGGCUCCAUGGGGAUGACAGCGAGGAUCCUAAACAUCCAAAAAUACAGUUCCCGUCCAAGGACAUGUGCAAGGACUGUARGGAAGAUAAUGGCGAGUGGAAGCCAGACGUGGUGUUGCAGUUCCUUAAAGAUCACUAUGGCGUAGACAAUAUUAGAGUUAAGCCUCCUGCGAAUCUACCUGCUGAGCUGGAAGACGCCGAUCAAGAAUUUGCCGACUCUUUUACGCGCGCAACUGACAGUAAUAGGCCUGUUCCAGAAAAUGAUUAUCCUUCUAAACCCAAGCAAGACCCUUUUAUGGAAACUGUGUAGAUUUAUGACCAACGACAUUAUGACAGUUAACUGGAAAUAUUACCUGGCUAUACGUGACUGGACAAGAUAAGUGCAAGCUAGGUCCAGAUAUGGAAACUAUUGCAUAGUUCUGACUGACGACAUAGUGACACUUAACAUGACAGAUUUAUGACCAACGACAUUGUGACAGUUAACUGGACAUAAUUUAUUACCUGGCUAUACGUGACUGGACAAGAUAAGUGCAAGCUAGGUCCAGAUAUGGAAACUAUUGCAUAGUUCUGACUGACGACAUAGUGACACUUAACAUGACAGAUUUAUGACCAACGACAUUGUGACAGUUAACUGGACAUAAUUUAUUACCUGGCUAUACGUGACUGGACAAGAUAAGUGCAAGCUAGGUCCAGAUAUGGAAACUAUUGCAUAGUU